GUUGACCAAACGCUUCAGUGUUUGCUUUCGUACUCCUUCCGACGAAACCAUUUUUUCCGGCUUUUCUCAAACCGGAUCAACGGACACGCAGGACAGACUAGAAGAGCGAGUCGCCACCCACAGCACGAGGGGGUGGGGGGCGACUUUCCAGGGCAGCUACAUAAACACGCUGAGCUUCUUACCUCAUCAGAUUACAAACUGCUUGGAAAGGGUCGGCCAAAUAAAGCUACGGGUUCAUCAUUUACACAACCCAGCACUCUUCAAUAAAGAUGAACUCUGACGUCGACAUGAAGGAUGUGGAACUCAGCGAGUUGGACACUGAGAAGCAGCCCAUGACAGCCGAUGGGCAGGUUGGCAGCAGUGAGAAAAAUGGCAGCGUUAAGGUGAAGAUUCCUGAGGAUGAAGUGGCUUUCACAGGCCUGUCCAAAGAAGAACUCAUGAAGGUGGCUGGCACUCCAGGAUGGGUGAGGACUCGCUGGGUGCUGCUCAUCCUCUUCUGGCUGGGCUGGCUGGGCAUGCUGGCCGGAGCCAUCGCCAUCAUCGUCCAGGCACCGCGUUGCAAACCCAUCCCAGAAAUGAGGUGGUGGAACCACGGACCCCUUUACCAGAUCUCGGACGCCGAGGCUUUCUCUGAAGGAUUGGCAGGUAUUGAGAAAAAGCUGGACGAUGUCAAUCAGCUGAAAGUGAAAGGUUUGGUUCUCGGCCCUCUUCACACCGUGCAGGCCGACCAGCCGAGCACUCUCGACCUGAAAAAGAUCGACCCGACUCAGGGGAGUGAGAAAGACCUGAUCACUGUGCUGGAAAAGGCCCACAAGAAAGGUAUUUCUGUGGUGCUCGACUUGACCCCAAACUACCGGGGAGCCUCCCCGUGGUUCAGCAGCGGCGACCUCAACGACGUGAUGGACAGCGUCCAGGCGGCGGCGGAGCACUGGCUCAAUCUGGGCGUCGACGGCAUCAAGGUCUCCGACCUCGCCACUGUCUCCAACUCUUCCGACUUAUCUCGUUUGCUGGCCGUGGUUAAGGGCAAUGACACAGAGGACGACGCCAACAAAAAGAUGCUAAUGGGCGUGGCCAAAGGCAUCUCACCCGUCGAGAUCUCCCGGCUGCUCAACACCUCCGGCGCUGAUCUGGUGCUGUCGGACCUGCUUAGCGCCAAUGGUCAAGGUGCGGAGCGCAUCAAGAUGCUGAACGACCUGCACUCCGAGCAAAGAAGUCUGGCCUGGGGUCUGGGCGCCGCCCAGCGGGAACAACUGUCCAAACGGGCCGCAUCUCGGGCGCUGAUCCGCCUCUACCAGCUGCUACUCUUCACCAUGCCCGGAACGCCGGUCUUCAGCUACGGUGAUGAGAUUGGCCUUCAGAUGCAGGGUGAAAAACCUCCCAAAAUGGUUUGGGACCUCGAGAAAGACACUAAGGCUGAAGGAGCCACCGUCAAUGAGACUACAGAGGCUGAGCGCGAGGAAUACGUUGCCAUGAGGACGUGGUUCAGAUCUCUCAGUGACCUGCGAGGGAAAGAGCGCUCCCUCCUCCACGGCGACUACUACCCUCUCCACUCUUCCACCUCCUCGCUUGCAUUCCUGCGCCUGUGGGACCAGAGCGAAAGAUUUGUCACGGCGGUCAACUGGGGCGAAGCCUCAGAGACGCUCCGGCUCGCGCUGGCAUCGACAGAAGGAAUCGAGUUACCAAAAACUGCUACGGUCAAGUUGUCCACGGAUCCAGAAAUGGAGGCAGACUCCACAGUCGACUUGGACAAAAUCACUUUGCGCCCUGGACAAGGUGUCCUCCUGCAUUUCCCCUACACGGGCUGAAGAUGGCGCUCAGUUGCAAGAAAUUCAGCAUUAGAUUAAAUCAUUGUUUUACAAAGAUUUUUCUGUUCGAAAGAUUCACAGCAUUUGUCUGGACAGGUUUCACACAACUAAAUUUGAUGAAUGAAUUAUUCAAUUAUUGCGCAUUGGCCAGUCCAUUUGCAUUUAUUCAAAAGCUGGCUACGUUUCAGACAUGCACUCAGUGAAAAUGCAGAUUGUUUACAAAAGUUUAACAUUCCGUUAUUGUUGUUUGGCUAUUUCUCUGUGAGCUGUUUGGAUUACUUUUUUUAAAGCAAUUUUUAGUCAUUUUGUUGUUUGAAUAUCAGAUUGAAAGUUUUAGCCUGCGACUCGUGUAUGUUGUUCUCACACUAAAGAGUUCCUGAAGAAAUGUCCGCAAACGGAAAGGAAUAAACCGAAAGUUCUGUACUGA